AUGACCCUUGUUUCCCUGGAUGCUGGAAGAAAAGGAUUGAGGGGGAUCAGUUCUGCUGCUAUGACUGUGUUCCAUGCCCAGAAGGGAAGAUUUCAAAUCAAAAUGAUAUGGAAGACUGUUUUGAAUGUUCAGAAGAUCAUUAUCCAAAGAAGAUCUUCAGAAGAUCCAUGUAUCUUGAAACAGCUAAUUUUUCGAACUUUUGAAGAAACCUUAGGAUUUGGCUUAGCCUCAGCAGCUCUUUGUUUCUUCUUGUUGAUAUCUUGGGUUCUUGGAAUAUUUAUUAAGCACAGGGACACUCCUAUUGUCAUAGCCAACAACCGGUCCCUCACCUACACCCUCCUUGUCUCUCUUCUGCUAUGCUUUCUCUCUUCUUUGUUGUUCCUCAGCCGACCUGGCAAAGUGACCUGCCUUCUCCGACAAUCAAUGUUUGGCAUCACUUUCUCUGUAGCCAUUUCUAGUGUACUGGCCAAAACCAUCACUGUGGUUGUUGCCUUCAUGGCCACUAAACCAGGAUCUCAGAUAAGGAAAUGGGUGGGGAAAAGAUUGGCUUUUUCUAUUGUAGUUUCCUGUUCCCUCUUCCAAGUAUGUAUUUAUAUUCUUUGGUUGUCAACAUCUCCACCAUUCCCUGAAUUGGACAUGCAUGCAGAGCUCCAAGAAAUGAUUUUACAAUGCAAUGAGGGGUCACCCUUUUUCUUCUACUGUGUCUUGGGCUACAUGGGUAUCUUGGCUGUUGCCAGUUUUAUUGUGGCUUUCCUUGCCCAUAAAUUACCUGACAGCUUUAACGAAGCCAAGUUCAUCACCUUCA